AAACAAACAUCUUUGAAACAUUCCAUACGGAAGCAAGAUAGAAAACCUUAGGAGCAUUGGUCAUAGUACUGUAAUUUUCAACAACAAAAAAAUCUCCAAUACAGGGAGGGUGUUGGCUUUUUGAUAAGGUGCCCCACUCCGUCCUCCAUCUAUGCCAUGGCUCACAGCGCCAGAAGAGAUGCCCCUGAACUCCCAGACUUUUCGAUGCUCAAGAUACUGGCUAGGGACCAACUGAUCUACCUACUAGAACAGCUUCCAGGGAAGAAGGACUUGUUUAUUGAGGCAGAUCUUAUGAGUCCCCUUGAUCGCAUUGCUAAUGUAACAACACUAAAGCAACAUGAAGUAGACAAGCUUUACAAAGUGGAAUACAAACAGAUUGUCAGCACCUCAGAUCAGAUAUGCUUCCUCAUACGUCCAAGGAUACAAACUGUGAAAUGGAUAUGUGACGUGGUCAAUGCAGACAAGGCAGUUGGAAAAUUCAGAAGAUACAAGAUUAUAUUUUGCCCACAGAAGUUCUACUCAUGUGAGGCACUGUUGGAGGAGCAGGGAAUCUAUGGUGAUGUGACCAUAGAUGAAUGGGCUUUCUACCUCUUACCACUAGACGAUGACAUCAUCAGUCUGGAGCUUCCAGAAUUCUUCAGAGACAACUUCCUAGAUGGAGACCAGCGCUGGGUGAGGACAGCAGGCAGUGCUCUGAACCUUCUCCACUCUCUCUAUGGCCCCUUCUCCAAAGUCUAUGGAAUUGGGCGAUGCUCCAAGAUGACCUAUGAAUCAUGGAGGGAGCAGGUGAAAGAAGGCGAACAGAAAACCCACCAAGCAGAAAUCGGAAAUGUUUUUCUCAUUGACAGAGAUGUGGACUUUGUCACUCCUCUGUGCUCCCAAGUUGUGUAUGAAGGACUGGUGGAUGACACAUUCAGGAUAAAAUGUGGAUGUGUUGAAUUUGGUCCUGAGGUUAUGUCAUCUGACAAGAGUAUAAAAGUGAUGCUGAACUCUCAAGACAAGGUGUUCAGUGAAAUCAGAAAUGAGCAUUUCUCCAACGUGUUCAGCUUUCUGAGUCAGAAGGCCAGAAACCUCCAGACGGCCUACGAUAAGCGCCAAGGGAUGGACAUAAAGCAGAUGAAGACGUUUGUGUCGGAGGAGUUAAAAGGUUUAAAACAGGAACAUCGACUCCUCAGCAUGCAUAUUGGUGCCAGUGAAUCAAUGAUGAAGAGGAAAACCAAGCAGGACUUUCAGGAGCUGCUAAAGACAGAGCACUCCUUACUUGAAGGCUUUGAAAUCCGUGAAUGUAUAUCCUUCAUAGAGGAGCACAUCAAUAGACAAGUCUCCAUGUUGGAAAGUCUGAGGUUGCUCUGCUUGCUGUCUCUCACAGAAAAUGGUCUCCUUCCCAAAGAUUACAGAUCAUUAAAGGCACAGUAUUUACAGAGUUAUGGUGUGGACCACCUUCUCACGUUUUCCAACCUGAGACAGAUAGGAUUACUGGUGGAACAGCAGCCAGGAGAGACCCUCACCGUCAUGGAGAGCCGAGUAGGAAAACUGGUCAACGACAGAGCGGCCGGAAAACUUACCGAUGCCUUUUCAUCCUUGGCAAGAAAGAGUCAUUUCCGAGCCUUGAGCCGGAGGCUUAACCUGGUCCCUAAAUCAGAUGAGGAGUAUAAUCUGAGCGUUCCUCGUGACAUGGCCUACACCUUCAGUGGGGCUUAUGUCCCGCUGAGCUGCAAACUCAUUGAACAGGUAUUAGAGCGUGAUUGCUGGACAGGGCUAGAAGAAGUCACCAGGAUGCUGAAUAGCCAGGAGUUUGCUGUCACAGCUGGCAGCAAUGGAGCAAAGACAGAUGCCCAGCGUAUCAUCCUGGUCAUGUUCCUGGGAGGCUGCACAUUCUCUGAGAUCUCAGCUCUGCGCUUCUUAGGCAAAGAGAAAGGUUUAAAAUUUAUUGUAGUUACAACCGCCAUAACAAAUAGUGCCAGACUGCUGGAGGCUUUGUUGGACAACCAUGUAUGAGUUGUCAUUCCAAAGUGAACAGGCUGCAGUUUGCCCUGGCAGGCAGCUGAGAAGGACACCACCCAGAUAACGACAAGGAGUCGACACUUUUUGUUAUCAAAUGCUGACAUUCCAGUGCAUUCCCGUUAGAGAUUGUAAAUACUGCAAUGCUGAACGAUAUUCUGGAUAAAUGUAAAAUAAACAUAUACUGUAAUUUUAAAAUGUGUUUGGUGCAUUGUGCUUGUUUGAUCGUUUGAAUGAAUAAAGGAGGGUUUUGAAAA